AUGUACAUCACUCUCUACUUUUUAGUCACUCGCCUCCCUGAAUCCCUUCGUGUAGUCCGGGACCACUUCCUCGCGGUCUGUCCCACCACCCUCACAGUCGACAGCCUCGAGAAGGCCCUCCUAGCGGGGGAGAAGAGCAUAGUCGCUGUAGGAGCCUCUCGGGGUGACCCCCGCGCCCCCAUCUUUGAGGGGUGUUCUCCUUCCCCUCUCCUGCCCUCUGUCGCCUCUACCGCUGCGGCCGACCUCGUUGGUCUUGAGUCGGUCGGUGCGGCGUCUGCCCCCAGCGGGAGACGCCGCUCUGGCAAGGGCAAGGGGGGCAAGGGAGCGGGUGGGGCCAGCGGGGGCGGUGGAGGUGGAGGUGGAGGCGGCGGGGGGAGUGGGGGUGGCGGUGGAGGUGGUGGCGGGGGUGGGGGUGCUAGUGGCGGCAGUGGAGGCGGGGGUAGCGGCGGCGGUGGCGGUGGGAGCGGAGGUAGCGGAGGCGGCGGCGGUGGAGGCGGAGGCGGGGGCGGUGGAGGCGGAGGCGGGGGUGGCGGUGGUGGAGGUGGUCGGAGUGGCACUUCGCAGCGGAGCAGCACUGGGGGUGGCCAGCGCCAGCAGCAGCAGCAGCAGCAGCAGCAGCGUUCUCGUGACGUGUGUCCCAGGUAG